AAUUUCCCGAUUUCUCUCGUCUUUUUUCCAGCCUGUCUCGCCGUGUUCGUGGGUUUUCAGUGUGGUUCCUCCUGCGUCUGCGGACUCCGUUUUCCUCUUGCGGCGGCGCUGGCGCUGGUGCGAUUCCACCCCCUUCGCGCCUUGUUAUACGCAAAUUCGAACUCCGGGAUCUGCAGAUAUCGUGACUUUGGGCCCAAAUAAGUUGAUAGGUACUCCGUAGAUUGAAGGUCGAUUACUCCUCUAGUUAUCAUGGGGAUGCCCAUGCUGAAGCGGUUCAUGUCCAUGCAGUCGGAGCGGCGGCAUCGCCAGAUCCGAGCCCGUGCCCGUGGUAAGCCCCGCCGUGCCUGUGGAUAUCUAUAGCUGGAUGUGUUUCUUCUUCAUUGGCUAAAAGAAAAAAGGAGGUCUGCCAACAUGACGAUGUUUCUCCGAGUGAUAAACGAUUGAGAUGUUCAGGGGUGAACCUUCCAGAGCUAACAAUGUGUUCCAGUGAAGGGCUUGCAGCUGCUGUACGUUUCCAUUGUUACAAAACAGUUUAGAGUCAGAGAGAGAGGAUUCUUGCAUACUAUCUUUGUUAUGGAACUGGCUGGGCCUUCUAGCGUAUAAAUUGGAGACAUUUAGGGAUUGACAACCCGCUGCCUUCUCAUCAUCAUGGCGCUGCUGCCCAAGGAUGCAAUCAAACACAUUAGAGCACUUGGAGGUUCUUCACUUCCUUGUUUCUCCUCUUCAUAUGUCCGUUGCUCAAGAGUGAUAUUCUGUCAACCAUUGUCAUCUUGAUCAUACACAUACACUGGCAUGCUGUUGAACACGCUGGAGUCGUGCGCCCUCGCUGGCAGCUACAGGGCUGGAACGUGCAUGACCAGCAGUGUUGUAGCAGCUGCAUCGUGUUCCUGGUAAUUGUUCUCACCUACAGAAACACUACCAAUACAAGGAGAGGGACAGAGAUCCUGCAGCUCACUUGUGCAGGUUUGACUUCUAGGUUGGGGAUAUCACGCUGUUGCAGUAUUUCCUCAAGAUGCUGCCCACUGGACUUGGUGUUUCAUCCUUGAGAACAUGAGUUCUGACUUGUUGCUGAGCAGUAGGUCCACUUCCCUUGUGCCAUACUACUUAAUCCAUGAUACUCUGCUGCUCUGAAAGCCAUGCUCUGGUUUGGAUAACAUGGUGGACAGUAAAGAGGAGAAGCCUGAUAAUUAUGGCGGUUGAUGUGUUGAAGUAUGUGUGGUUUGGUUGAUCGACACUGGGGAUGCUUGCGAUGGAGGUAUGGGAGGAGGUGGAGGGUAGUAGCAAUGAAAGGGAUAAUAGUGAGGUGGGUUUGAGUUGCCAGUCGGCUGUGGCAUUGUGUCAAUGCAUCUGGUGGCUCUCACUUGGUGUUUGCCUUCCAUCGAACACCUGGUGGGUGCUAAGUGCUGUACCUGCUCCGCGGAUGAGUUGAGGCACGUCUGCUCCAUACAUGGCUCCUGUAUGUCCUAUCCACGAGCGCUGGCUCACGGAAGGUACAAAACCAGCACCAUAGUCGAUCUCACAUCAAGCGGAGAGGCAGAGCACUUACUCAGCAAAUUCCUUGUUGAUGAACAGCCACAGAGAAAUCAGCACCAAUCAAGGGAUUUUACAGUACUGAUUUGGAUAUCAGUACCAACCUUCACCUUGAAUGAAUGAGCUGCGGCACAGCUUGCAAGCGCCAACCACAAAUGUCGCUGCCGCCGCCAACCCACGUGAACGCCCCUGCUGCCGCGUUGAAUUUGGGAGGAAUGGGUUGUAAUCACUGGCAGAUUGUCGCCACCAACACCACAAUGGUUUCGCUGCCACAGUUCACCGGUUGACGCUGGGAGGGAGGGUGGGAAUUUGCUAGGGACCAGAUUGAUGCUGGCUCAGGGAAGAAAAGGGCAUUUUGCACUCACGUCCAGAAGAUCAGCAAAACUCUCUGGGGGGUAAAAUGGAGAGCAGAGGAAGAGGGAGCCGCCGAUGCCAUGGAGAAGAAAAACGUCACCAGAGAAAUCGAAGAUUAGAGAAUUGAUGAAGAUCCUAACUGAAGCUACUGAAUAAUUGCAACUACUGAAAGCAAACAGGGAUAAGAUCAAGUAAUUGCAGGGAAUUGUAGAUAUAUUGAUAAGAACAGACACAAGGUUGCUACAAAGAGGAACAAGGAAAUUAGGAUUUUUGUUCUUGGUUGAUUCUGAACAAGGCAAAUGCUUGGCUUAUAUGGAGUCUAACCCUCAAGACCAUAACUAAUAGAAGUCUACGCUUUUACCCUUACAUCUAAGAUUCCCCUAAUAUCUCAUUAUCCUAAUGCCUUGGCAACCCCCUUCCACCGUUUUCUGUUGACUUGGUGUUGGUGUGGCUUUUUCAGGCCAUUUCAGCAGAUAAUGGAUGGAACAGUUAAAGUUUCCUGCGUUGCAAACUGUGGCAAGUUCAGUGAGCUGGAAAAGUAGCAUGAAAGUUGGAUGGGAUAUCUGGCACCACAUCCAUUCCCUACUGCCACUACGGGAUGCUGCCCGUAUUGCCUGCGUGUCCCGCACCUUUUUACGAUCCUGGAGAUAUUAUCCCAACCUCAUCUUUAAUAGGCAUAUACUGGGCUCAAAUAGCGAUGGACGUGGAAGGGAUUUCAUCAGAACAAUCGACCACGUUCUGAAAAAACACUCAGGUGUUAACGUAAAGAAACUCACACUGGACAUGUAUAAUUUUCCCGAAGUCACCAACGCCUGUCGGCAGCGGCUAGAUGGUUGGCUUCAGAUUACUAUGAGACCAGGGAUUGAAGAAAUAAACCUCCUUAGCCUGGCUAAUGAAGCAUACAUGUUUCCGUGCUGGCUGUUAUCUGAUGAUAGGAUCAAGGACUCAAUUCGGUGUCUCAAUCUCAGCUCUUUUGCUUUCCGCCCCACAGUCAAGCUCAGUCCCUUUAAAUGUCUGGCCAUGUUACGUCUCAAUUAUGUGUGUAUUACUGGGUACGAGUUAGGGUGCCUUGUUUCCAACACUCUUACCCUGGAACGGUUGGAACUUAAUGGUUGUGGCGACUUGGAUUGCCUGAAGAUACCUUCCCAGCUUCAGCGGCUUAGUUGUCUGAUGGUUUCAGGUUGCUUUAGGCUGGAUGUGAUAGAUAUCAAAACCCCGAACCUUCGCGUUAUCAGGUUGGAUGUAGAAAAGGUUAAAAAACUCUCACUUGGAGUAUCAUUGGAACUGAAUGAGCUAUGCAUACCCGGUCCAGACUUUGCGAGUUAUGCCCGUUUGAAGCUCCUCUCCAAUGCGCCAAAUGUCGAAAGUCUUUACCUGAAGUUGAUUGAUGAGGUUCCUCCAGCUGAUAUGCUACCGAGCAAGUUCCUCCACCUCAGAGACUUCUGCCUCUCACUACCCGGACGGGCUGUUUCUCCGGCAUAUGAUUAUUUUUCGGUGGUUCCGUUGCUUGAUUCCUGUCCUUCCUUGGAGACCUUUUGCUUGAAUGCAUCUCAUGAUUGCGUGGGGCAUGAAACAACGAAUUCCGAAGACCCCUCGCACCCGAGGCAGAUUCCAGGACAGCAUCAUGGUAAACUUAGGAGUAUGACGAUCUUGGGCUUCUGUUCCGCGACAAGCCUAGUCGAGCUAACGUGCUAUAUCGUCGAGAUGGCUGCGUUGACAUUGGAGUGUCUAACCCUGAACGUCCAUGUACGUAUUAUGGAGUUAGCAAACUCAUGCCCAUGUACGAGGGUAUGCUGACGGAAGCUCCUAGAACGCUCUUGGCCAUCAGAAGGUACAUCCAGCCGAAAAUCCCCUCCACAGUUAAGUUGAAUGUUGAGGAGCCUUGCGGCCCAUGCACUACUAGUGUUGGACAUUAGGUGUCAACUCAUAAUUGCUUGUAAUUUUCCAGUUUGCGACCAGGUAGUUUAAAUGCACUAUGUUGUCAUUAGAAGUGCCCGAUGUUUAGUUAUGCACUGCCACAAUUAAAUUCAAGUUUGGUUUGACUCUUGUUUUUUCUCAACUGUGUGAUGCUUGCCAAAACCCGUGGCAUGAAUACACCCCGCAAAAAA